UAAAACUGUAACUUAAAGCAGGUACAGCCUCAGUGUUCACAGUAAAACUGUAACUUAAAGCAGGUACAGCCUCAGUGUUCACAGUAAACGCGCACUGGAAGUUUCACAACAUCCAAGUUUGCGCUCAGCAGACCUUACAUUUGCUCAGUGCUGAAAAAAAGAGCGAACAUUGGUUCCAGGUCAAACUUUUGGGGGUUUCAGGUAGAACCCUUUGGGGUUCCAUGUAAGGAAAAGGGUUCUACCUGGAACAACAACAAUGUCAUCUUAUGGGGACAGCCGAAGAACCCCAAAUUCCUUCUUGCAUUUGCUUAUAAACACAAAAAUCGACACGGAUUAAAAAUGUUUUAUCUUGAUUUAGUUAUUCACCUUGCAACGUGUUGAAAUGUGGGCUUUUAUUUUAAGGUUUCUUCAUUAUCAUUGGAAAGUGACGUCAUUGUUAGUGCUGCUAGCGGAAUAGUAGUGAGGCGACAGAGUGAUUCCUGAGUGCUGACGUACAACUACUACUUUCCGACUUCAGCUGUUCCAAGUCUGGCGAAAAACGGAACUGUAUGUGGUGUGUUUACCUACACGGGGAGACUUGUAAAAUACAACUGAAAGGCGAUUAAUAUUGGACCUGUGUGUGUGUGAGAGAGAAUGACAGGUACAAACGGAAGGAUUUCAUGGCACUACGCGUGAAGAUGGGAAUUCCACCAAUCUGGGUGCUUGGCUCUAGCCAGACUGGAUGAGGAAGUGAGGCUGAGUGAGAAGGAGAUCACAGCUACCCAGGACUACUGUUGGAGAGGACCUCUGGACAGGUUCCUGCAGCGUGUGUCAGGGUGGAGGUACCGGACUCAUGGAGAACCACUUCCAGACAGAGGCCUUCAACCUGGAUAAAGUGUUGGAUGACUUUGAACAGAAGCAAGAUGAGACCGACAGUCCCAGUCUGUCUGAUAAGUGGAUUCAGAUCCUGGCCCCUCCUGCCCACCUACUAUCUCCGAACCGUGCCCUGGCUUUGACCCCAGACCUCGGCCCCCUCCCCUUAAAGACCCCCCUGCCCCCUGACCCGUCAUCCAGCAACCCCCAGGGGCCCAACGCCAAAUACCACCCCACCGCCGAGCCCCCACCCUGGGGAGAACUACCAGACUGCCGUGCAGACGUGCAGAGCCCUCCACUCCCCCAGCCCAACAUCGGCAAGCUGGUUGGGGGUGAGGGCUCGUCGGCCUCCUCUAGCCCCCCUCCGUACCACCACCACUCCUCUAUCAGCCCCUCUAGUCCAGCCAGCCCUGUCCUCAACGGGCUCAGUGAAGAUCCCUGUAAGGGGAACCAGACAUGGGUGACCCCUUUAGACCACCACCAGCCCCCCACACCCUCAGACCCACGUACUGAUGCCCCUGUGGGGGAGAGGGGUGACGGAAGCUCCCACAUUAGUCACACACACUUGACCAUUGAGGAGAGGCUGGGAGGGGUUGAGGUGAUAGCAGAGAAGUUUAACUCCAAGCCAGAGACCGAGAGACCUGGUGCUUUAUCACCUAUUCAGGACAGUGGUAGGGAGGAGGCUGGAAUGGCUGGGGUACAGUCACAUGAGGAAGGAAUCCCUAAGAGGGAAAGUCAUGGAAAUACUGUUAAAAAUGGAUUGAUGGAGGGACCGACAGAGUGGAAGGAGUGUAGGAAUUCCUCUCAGAAGCAGACGAGGUUGAUAGGAGAAAUGGAGAAGGAGAGCAGGGGAGGUCAGGAUGGAGAGAUGGUUCUUACCAGCGGCAUGGCUACUGAGGAGGAGGACCGAGGGAGCAGAGAGGAGGAAGAGGAGGACCGAGGGAGCAGGGAGGAGGACCGAGGGAGCAGGGAGGAGGGCCGAGGGAGCAGGGAGGAGGAGGGCCGAGGGAGCAGGGAGGAGGGCCGAGGGAGCAGGGAGGAGGACCGAGGGAGCAAGGAGGAGGAAGAGGAGGACAGAGGGAGCAGAGAGGAGGGCGAGUCUCUACCCCCUCCUCAAUCCAAGGAGGACUCCGUGACAGAGGAGAAGGAGAUGGAGGAGAGCAACCUAGAGAACGGAGGAGGAGAUAGCCGUGUUCCCUCCAUACUGAACACUCGUCUGCAGCUGGUCAGUGUUCUUCCGUUCGGUGGAGCACGUCCCAAACAACCGGUCACUCUCAAACUCCAGAUCCCUUGGCCGCUAUCCGGACAGGACCAGAACCAACUAUCACCUACCGUUAACACCACCACCACCACCGCCGUCUGCAAGAACAAGAACCUUGAGAACCGUGCCGGUGACAUAACCAUGGAAACUGGAACCGUCGUUGCCGGGGGUGACCCUGGUGGUUGUGUCGCGGUUGUUAACGGGGAGUUGCUAAACGGGUCGUCAUCGUUGGGCCUGGUGCUGGAGUCUGAGAGCAGCCCGGACAAUGACCUCCAGGCUGGGUGUCACCACCAGGGGGCUCUGCCCAGGAAACAGCUCUCCUCCCUGGGGGAUGUGGCCCCCGUGUGGGUCCCUGACUCCAAGGCACCAGUCUGUAUGAAGUGUGAGGUCCGCUUCACCUUCACCAAGAGGAGGCAUCACUGCAGGGCCUGUGGAAAGGUGUUCUGUGCUGCCUGCUGCAGCCUGAGGAGCAGACUGAUUUACAUGGACAGGAAGGAGGCCAGAGUCUGUAUCACCUGUCACUCUGCCCUACUGAGUGGUCAUUCGUGGGAGGGUAUGUGUGGUGGGUCUAACCAGAGUCCUAACCCCAACAACCCAGCACAGUACUGCAGUACCAUCCCACCUCUGCAGCAGAUCCACUCAGAGGGGUCCACAGGUUUCCACCCGCGGGAGCGGAGGAGGGUGCGGUUUGCAGAUGGAAUCCUGCCCAAUGGGGAAGCAGCGGAAUCCCCCAAGCUCCCUGCUACCAGCCCCGCCCCCUCGCAAACAUUGGCUGUCUCACAGUGUUCCAACAAAUCCUUCACUUCUGAUUUGCGAGAGGCGUUGUCCCCUGCCCCUGCGUCCACCGUGGGAAGCCCUGUAGGCAGCUCCAUCAGUCUAAUUCCGGAGGACGGACUUCCUCCCAUCCUCAUCUCAACCGGAGUUAAAGGAGACUAUGCGGUGGAGGAGCAUCCCUCUGAGAUGGUUCUGAUACAGCAGCUGGAGGAGGGAGGUCCUGACCCCUUGGUGUUUGUGCUCAACGCUAACCUGCUGGCUAUGGUCAAACUGGUCAACUACGUAAACAGGAAGUGUUGGUAUGUGACCACUAAGGGGAUGCAUGCAGUGGGCCAGGCCGAGGUGGUGGUGCUGCUGCAGUGUCUACCUGACGAGAAGAGCAUCCCCAAAGACCUCUUCAGCCACUUUGUACAGCUCUACCAGGAGGCCCUCACAGGUAAUGUCCUGACCCACCUGGGCCAUUCAUUCUUCACCCAGAGUUUCCUGGGCAGCAGGGAGCAUGGAGGGUUCCUCUACGUCUCCCCGUCUUUCCAGUCCCUCCAGGACCUGAUGCUCCCCAACCCCCCCUACCUGUUUGGGGUGUUGCUGCAGAAGUGGGAGACCCCCUGGGCCAAGAUGUUCCCACUCCGACUCAUGCUGCGGCUGGGCGCCGAGUACAGAUUCUACCCCUGCCCUCUGUUCAGCGUGCGGUUCAGAAAACCCCUGUUUGGAGAAGCAGGUCACACCAUCAUGACCCUGCUAGUGGACUUCCGUAACUACCAGUACACGUUGCCCAUGGUGAAGGGUCUGGUGGUGGACAUGGAGGUGAAGAAGACCUGCAUCAAGAUCCCCAGCAACCGAUACAACGAGCUGAUGAAGGCGAUGAACAAGUCCAAUGAACACGUCCUGGCCAUGGGGGCGUGUUUUAACGAGCUGGCCGACUCCCACCUGGUGUGUAUUCAGAACGACGACGGAAACUACCAGACACAGGCCAUCAGUAUCCACCACCAACCACGUAAAGUGACUGGCGCCUGCUUCUUUGUGUUCAGUGGUUCUCUGAAGGCAUCUUCUGGAUACCUGGCCAAGACCAGCAUUGUGGAGGAUGGUGUGAUGGUGCAGAUCACAGCAGAGACCAUGGAUGCUCUACGGCAAGCCCUCAGGGACAUGAAGGACUUUAGUAUCACCUGUGGCUGGGCAGACCAGGAGUACAGCCAGGAACAUGUUCACAUUCAGUGGAUAGAUGACGAUCACAACUUUUUCAAUAAGGGGGUAAUUAGUCCUAUUGAUGGGAAGUCUAUGGAGUUCAUCACCAGCGUGAGAAUCUUCCACGGUUCAGAGUUCAAGGCUGAUGGGAAGGUCAUCCGCUGGACAGAGGUGUUUUUCCUACAGAGUGAGGACCAGCCCAACGGUCUGAGUGACCCUGCUGACCACAGUCGCCUGACGGAGAACGUGGCGAGGGCUUUCUGCGUGGCGCUCUGCCCACACCUCAAACUGCUGAAGGAGGAAGGCAUGGCUAAGCUGGGCCUAAGGGUCACCCUCGAGUCUGACCAGGUGGGUUACCUAGCAGGAAGUAACGGCCAGCCUCUCCUCUCCCAUUACCUGAGGGACCUGGACAGUACUCUGAUACCUGUCAUCCACAGAGGGGCGUGUCAACUCAGCGAGGGACCUGUCGUCAUGGAGCUGGUUUUCUACAUCCUGGAAAUCCUCUCCUAGGAGACGGAGGCACCGCUUAGCAACGGACCAACACCCCAGACGCUGAUCUCCUAGUUCUCUCUCUCUAAUCCUCAUCCUCUAUUUUUCCCUCCCAUCUUGCCUCUCCUGUUCUUCAGAGAGAGGCUGUGAGGGGCAGCUAG